GUGGUGAAUUUGCCCCAGCUGCUCGCAGUAAAGGUUUCGAGCGAAAUUGUUCCGAAAUUCACCAGUAGCAUUAGCUCAGGGGAUUAUACUGGCUUGGUGGAUGCGAUCGAACAGUACAAUGCGUUGAUUAGAGACAACCGGGCUAGCAUUUUGGCGUACGUUAAGUCGAGCCAGCAUACUUUAUCGACCUACUUCUGCCACCAGUUUCUCCAGCAACUCUACACGCGAAUUGUGACACCCCAAUGCGUCAAAUUGAAGCGAUACAAACCAUUCUCCAACUUUGUCUAUGGUGAGUUGUUGCCCGGUUUUGUCAGUGAUAUCAUGGGGUACAUCCAGGAGCGAGGGGAUGCGACCCGGAUUGGGUCUCUUCAGAACUUUAUGGAUUUGGGGUCAGGUGUGGGAAACACAGUUUUCCAGGCCGCCCUCGAGUUUGGCUUUAGGAACAGUUACGGCGUGGAGAUUAUGGAGCAUCCUUCUGAUAUGGCCGACGCCCAGCUCCUCGAGUACCUGGAGAAGUGCAAAUUGUACGGGUUGAAGGAGAAUCACGUGGAGCUCUUCUCUAGACAGAGCUUUUUCGACAAUCCAGUGGUGAAGGACAGAAUCGACGCGUCUGAUGUCUUGUUGUGCAACAACUACGCGUUUGACUAUGACUUCAAUAACCGUAUCGUCGAUAUGUUUAAAGAUUUGAAGCCUGGGACCACAAUUAUCACAUUGAAGCCGUUGGUUCCCUAUGCCUUUAAAAUCACCGCCGACGAGCUUGACAAGGGCAGUAUCUUGGGGAGAUUGCAUGUGCAAAAGAUGGUAUCCAAGCCAGGCGCCGUCAGUUGGACCAACACCCCAGUGUACUACUACGUGAACACGGUCCAAGAGGAC